AUGGGGGGCGAAAACAACUUCGACGGUUUGUCCUUCUUCGAGAAUAAUGAUUUCGAAAAUAUCAACCGAGAUUUUCUGAGGGGAUCCAUGGAGAGCACCACGCAUGAAGAAGAAAAGGGGCUCAUACAGAAGGCAAUUAGUUUGUCCAAAAAAGGAGCAGAGAAUAUACAGAAGGGCAUCAAAAAGACUCUCGAAAAGACGAACAUAAAUCAUUCCCCAUCAAUAGUGUCCAAUUCUACCACUGCAGAAACGGGAUCCAUGUUUUCAAAUUUUCCACUUUUUAAUAGUCAGAGUAGAGAAAAUGAACCCAGCUCCUUCUUUGCCUUCACCAAUGUCCUGUCUUAUAAGAAUUUUCCCCUUUUCUGUUUAUUCUUUGGAGUCAGCAUUUUGUUCCUAAUAUUGUCAUUCUUUACUUUGCCCAUGAUUGUUAUCACUCCGAGGCAGUUUGGCUUCUUCUUCACUUUGUCCUCCAUCUGCUUCGUCACCUCGCUGUCCUUUCUCAAGGGAUUUUCGAGUCUCUACUACCACUUGAUCGAGAAGAAUCGGCUCCCAUUCACCGCGGCGUACAUUUUGUCCCUCCUCUCCACGCUUUACUUCACCGUCAUUAAACCCUUAUAUUUAUUGGCCCUGAUCACCUCCGUUGUGCAAGUGUUCGCCCUCAUUUCUUUCAUCGUAUCGUACAUACCAGGCGGAGCAGGGGCAAUCAGAAUGUUACUAACCACUCUGUUCACGUACAUCAAGAACAUGUUUCGAAGAGGCAAUUCGUCAGAUCUGCCGUUUUAA